ACCAUAGAGUGGCGGAAGCGGCCCAUCCCCUUCCUCUCUCGUUCCAACGGCUUGGCGAAGCUUCUGGGGGUUUCUCUGGCGCGGAGGAUUGUGGGGUUGCUGGGCGGCCCGGGCGCAGAGAAGAGGAGCCGCGGGCCACUGAAUAGGCUUCCAAGAUGAUGCCCACACCAGUUAUCCUGUUGAAAGAGGGGACUGAUAGCUCCCAAGGCAUCCCCCAGCUUGUAAGUAACAUCAGUGCCUGCCAGGUGAUUGCUGAGGCUGUAAGAACUACCCUGGGCCCCCGUGGUAUGGACAAGCUCAUUGUGGAUGGCCGAGGCAAAGCAACAAUUUCUAAUGAUGGGGCCACAAUUCUGAAACUCCUUGAUGUUGUCCAUCCUGCAGCAAAGACUUUAGUGGACAUUGCCAAAUCCCAAGAUGCUGAGGUCGGUGAUGGCACCACCUCAGUGACCCUGCUGGCUGCAGAGUUUCUGAAGCAGGUGAAACCCUAUGUGGAGGAAGGUUUGCACCCACAGAUCAUCAUCCGAGCUUUCCGCACUGCCACUCAGUUGGCGGUUAACAAGAUCAAAGAGAUUGCCGUCACUGUGAAGAAGGAAGAUAAAGUGGAGCAGAGGAAGCUGCUAGAGAAAUGUGCCGUGACUGCUCUGAGCUCCAAGCUGAUCUCCCAGCAGAAAGCCUUCUUCGCGAAGAUGGUGGUGGAUGCGGUGAUGAUGCUCGAUGACUUGCUGCAGCUUAAAAUGAUUGGAAUCAAGAAGGUUCAGGGUGGAGCCCUGGAGGAGUCCCAGCUUGUAGCUGGUGUUGCAUUCAAGAAGACUUUCUCUUAUGCUGGGUUUGAAAUGCAACCCAAAAAGUACCAUAAUCCAAUGAUUGCCCUUUUAAAUGUUGAGCUCGAGCUGAAAGCUGAGAAGGAUAAUGCGGAAAUCAGAGUCCACACAGUUGAGGAUUAUCAGGCAAUUGUUGAUGCUGAAUGGAACAUUCUUUAUGACAAGUUAGAGAGGAUCCAUCACUCCGGAGCCAAAGUCGUCUUGUCCAAACUCCCCAUUGGGGACGUGGCCACCCAGUACUUUGCUGACAGGGACAUGUUCUGUGCUGGCCGAGUGCCGGAGGAGGACCUGAAGAGGACAAUGAUGGCUUGCGGAGGCUCCAUCCAGACCAGUGUGAACGCUCUGUCAUCAGAUGUUCUGGGCCGCUGCCAGGUCUUUGAAGAGACCCAGAUUGGAGGCGAGAGGUACAAUUUCUUCAAAGGCUGCCCCAAGGCCAAGACUUGUACUAUCAUCCUCCGUGGUGGCGCUGAGCAGUUUAUGGAGGAGACAGAGCGGUCCCUACACGACGCCAUCAUGAUUGUCAGAAGGGCCAUCAAGAACGACUCGGUGGUGGCUGGUGGCGGCGCCAUUGAGAUGGAGCUCUCCAGGUACCUGCGAGAUUUCUCACGGACCAUUCCCGGCAAGCAGCAGCUGUUGAUUGGGGCCUACGCCAAGGCACUGGAAAUUAUCCCACGCCAGCUGUGCGACAACGCUGGCUUUGAUGCCACAAACAUCCUCAACAAGCUGCGGGCUCGGCACGCCCAGGGGGGCAUGUGGUAUGGCGUGGACAUCAACAACGAGGACAUUGCUGACAACUUUGAGGCCUUCGUGUGGGAGCCAGCUAUGGUGCGGAUCAAUGCCCUGACUGCAGCCUCUGAGGCUGCGUGCCUUAUCGUGUCCGUAGAUGAAACCAUCAAGAACCCUCGCUCAACAGUGGAUGUUCCCCCAGCUGCUGGCCGGGGCCGAGGUCGUGGCCACCCCCAUUGAGUGGCACCCCAGCUCUCACUGCAGGCUGCCUGCAGGCUCCGCUCACUCUGUCUUGGUGAAAUGGUAUUACAAGGAAGGGGUAGUAUUUGGCCCACUCUGUUCUCACUGGAGGUUAUUAAAUAAAACUUAAAAGACUUAGAAUUCAUUUUGCAAAUUA